CCUCUCGCGCACCGCGACUAGUCCUUCGUCUACCUGGCUGCUCAUAAAACCGUUCCCACUCCAUCGCUGGGGAAAACCACGCGUUCAGCGACCUACAGCCGCUGACGUAACGAUGCCAGGUACCGAAUAACGUCGAGAAGAAAGAAAAUAUCUUUAACCCUCGCGCGCGUGUCCACCUCGACAAAGUCACGCUCCGAUACUCACGACCGCACGUGCACACGGGAGAGAGGAGUUCACGCGCGGCAGAUGCUUCCCAGUCCUCGCUGAGAUGAUGGCUCUGUGGACGCUUUUCUGCAUCCUCGCCUUUGUGAAAAGCAGUGAUGGGGCAGAUACAGAAGAGAGACUGGUGGAGCAUCUUCUAAAUCCAGCCCACUACAACAAACUGAUCCGACCAGCGACUAAUGGCUCAGAACUGGUGACAGUGCAGCUGAUGGUCUCGCUGGCUCAGCUCAUCAGUGUGCAUGAGAGAGAACAGAUCAUGACCACCAAUGUCUGGCUUACACAGGAGUGGCAGGACUACCGGCUAACAUGGAACCCAGAUGAGUUUGAUGGCAUGAAGAAGGUCCGUCUUCCCUCCAAACAUAUUUGGUUACCUGAUGUUGUUCUUUACAACAAUGCUGACGGCAUGUAUGAGGUGUCUUUCUACUCCAAUGCUGUCAUCUCCUACGAUGGAAGUGUCUUCUGGCUGCCACCAGCGAUCUAUAAGAGUGCCUGUAAAAUUGAGGUGAAGCACUUUCCCUUCGACCAGCAGAACUGCACGUUGAGCUUCCGCUCGUGGACCUACGACCGCACAGAAGUGGACCUGGUUCUGCGUGCGGACGUGGCUAGCAUGGACGAUUUCACACCCAGUGGCGAGUGGGACAUCAUCGCUCUGCCCGGCCGGCGCAACGAGAACCCCUCGGACCCAACCUAUGUAGACAUCACCUAUGACUUCCUUAUCCGGCGCAAACCCCUCUUUUACACCAUCAACCUCAUCAUUCCUUGCGUCCUCAUCACCUCGCUGGCCAUCUUGGUCUUCUACCUUCCGUCAGACUGCGGGGAGAAGAUGACGCUCUGUAUCUCAGUGCUACUGGCCCUCACUGUGUUCCUGCUACUGAUCUCCAAAAUUGUGCCGCCCACGUCUCUUGACGUCCCUCUGGUCGGGAAGUAUCUGAUGUUCACCAUGGUGCUGGUCACGUUCUCCAUUGUGACAAGUGUGUGCGUGCUGAACGUGCAUCACCGGUCACCCACCACACACACCAUGCCUCCAUGGGUGAAGCUAGUGUUCCUCAACAAGUUACCUGCUUUGCUUUUCAUGCGGCAGCCGCGCAACAGCAGCGAGCGUCAGCGUUUGCGCCAACGCCGGCGUGCCAACGAACAGCAGGAAGGUGGGCGAGUGGGUCUGGCUGCUGGGCUCGUGGCAGGUUUGGGCCUGGGCAGCUCUUCGUCGGGGAGCAAAGAGAACAAUGAGGCGUGCACAUGCUAUGUGAACCGGGCCUCAGUUAAACAGUUUGGGGCAGAGUUGCGUGGCGGAGGGGGGUCAACAGAUGGACUAAACGGGAUAAGGGAAAGUGGGAGAGAGGCCAGGGAAGGAGGUUCAAAUCCAUUGCAAAGCUCUGCUCUACUUCAGGGAAAGCAGCAGCCCCCUACAGUCCUCACCCAGGCUCUGCUGGCCCAGGCCUGCCCAGGGUUUGAGGAGGCUAUAGACGGAGUCCGCUUCAUCGCAAACCACAUGAAGAGCGAGGACGACGACCGUAGUGUGAGUGAGGACUGGAAGUAUGUGGCCAUGGUGAUCGAUCGUCUAUUUCUCUGGAUCUUUGUGUUUGUGUGUGUCUUUGGCACAAUCGGAAUGUUCCUUCAGCCUCUGUUCCAAAACUACACAGUCAAAACUAUUACCAACACACCCGGCUGACUAACCACCAUCCAC